CCAGCAUUGGAGGCACAGUCCCAGUUGGAGCUUCUUCCAUCAUAGCAUCAACGCCAAUCCCAUCUCUCUUCCCAACUUUUCAUAACCAUAACCUCGACCUUGUUGCGUCCACCCGACCACAACCCACUCUUACACAUCUAAGAAAACCGACAAAUACAAAAUUCCAUUAGCACCAAGCCGAAUCGCGAAUCCAACUUUCGAGCCGUCCCAUCGACGACAACAACAACAACAACAACAGCAAGCCUGUGAAUACACACACAAGGCGCCACGCACUUGACCAAGAACCAACCCUUCGAACCGAAACCGACAACAUGUCUUUUGUCCCAGUUAACCCCCGUCCCUUCCUUCAAGAUCUCGUCAACAGCUUUGUGACGAUCCGCUUGAAGUGGGGAGAGACGGAGUAUGUUGGCCGUCUUGUUAGCAUCGAUAGCUACAUGAACAUUCAGCUCAGCGACACAAAGGAGUACAUCAACCGCAAGUUUACGGGCGCCUUGGGGCAGGUUCUGAUCAGGUGUAACAACGUUCUCUACAUCAAGAAGGCCGACGAGGCGGAAACAAGUGGCGACGUCAAGAUGGAAGAGUGAAAGUUCUCUCGCCACCAGGAGGAGGAAAUGAAAGGGUAGCCUAGACUAGCGGGCAGGGUGGUGAAGGGCGCGAUUUGCAGAACAGACAGGAGGAAUGUGUGAGGAGGGAGGGUCGUGAUGUUCCGACUAUAAUACCCUGGGAGGAAAAAAGAAGAAGAAGAAGAGAUGGAUCUACUCUACCGACCAAACCAAACCGAGCCGAACCGAAGCACAAACCACAACGCACCCGCUCGCCGAAAACUCGUUUCCCAAUGAUGAAAGUGUGCGCUUCACGAAAGGUGCGACAACAGCUUUGAUGAUAUCGGGCGCGCAUGGUGUGGAGAGUGGUACGGAAGGGCGGAUUUGCUUCAAGAGAGAGUGAACGGUGGAUGGAUGGAUGGAUGGGUACCGAGCGUCUCUCUGUCUGGUAGAGACCUUCGUUGCAUCUCCUGCGCAAGACCGUCAAAGGAGCAUGUGCCAUCUGGCCUUUCCUUGAAGAUAAAGGCUAAAAUAAGAUGUUGGAACAAUACUCAGCUUAACAGGAAAGAAAGAAACAAAAAUCUGUCAAGACCACACAUCAUCUAGGUACUGAGCAAAGAAAAGGAAGUGGCGGGUUGAGUUAGACAUGCGGACAUGGCGUCUGGUUUCCAGGUAUUAUUUCAACUGAAAGAAAAAGAGAACGAGCGGCGUGAAUUUCUGUUAGUCUCAACUUCCACUUGCCUAUACAUCACACGACUACAGGCAAAGACAGUCACCAUCAUCAUACACAUCGCGCGCCUUCCCAAUUAUGAACAUUCUAUCCACC